ACGUGAAACCUGCAAUCACGAAUUUUCUUUAUCUACGAUAUCUGUUGCCCGAGAGCUGGCGCCAUCUGAAAAAGCUCAGCGCCCUCUAGAAAAAGCGACCAAUCGCGAUGAAUCUUGUCAGACGCUUUCCCAACGUGGAACCGUCGACAGUCUACGGCAGGAGUUCGACCGAAGACGACCUGUGCUGCACGGUCCGUUUCAGUCCCGAGCAUUUGGAAAGGAGGAGAGGUGUUUACCCCACCACAUGUUUCCCCCACCACGUCUUGUUCGUAGAAUUCAGAUCUCAAGUGGCGUAUGUCCGUCCAAGACCCCGACGCGGAGAAUUCGAAUACACAAGAAGUUGCGACAAAGUAACUCUUCGAAGUUUCAAUGACGCUUUACGCGACACUGAGACAUUUAUCAGUCUCAACAUUCGCUGCCGUUACAGUCGCACUUUUUCUCUGGUUAAUCAAAGUGCAGCCACAUUACUACAUCGAUGAGAUUUUUCACGUUCCGCAAACGCUGCGAUUCUGCGAUGGACGAUUUUUCGAGUGGGAUCAAAAAAUUACAACCUUUCCCGGACUCUACUUAAUGGCUAUUGCGAUUCUGGCACCGUUUGGUCUCUGCGAUAUUGACUUUUUUCGCGGUAUCAAUCUGAUGGGGACAUUUUCCAACUUCUACGUAAUCUACGAAAUAGUCAAAAUCGUUUCUACGACCAAAAAGAACAGCAGUCAAAACGCCAAAUGGACUGCGCUGAUUACUAGCCUGAACAUAGCGCUCUUACCACCGCUAUAUUUCUUGCUAUUCCUCUUUUACACCGACGUUAUGUCGACGAAUAUGGUACUCCUAAUGUACCUUUUUCAUCUGAGGGGAAACUCCAAAACUUCAGCUUUCAUGGGUAUUUUGGCGGUGCUUUUCAGACAAACUAACAUAGUCUGGUUAGCAUGGAUAAGUCUCGAAAAAGGAUUGGAUAUACUGGACAAAGUAAAAUCUGAAAAAGCUCAAAAAAUGUCGAAAAAAAAUACACCAGCAUACAUCAGUUUGCUUUUGGAGAACGUGAAAGAAGCAAUUAAACGUGGUCGAUUUUCGACCCUUAUCAAGGAACUAUUAUUUGCCCUGUUUCCCUACGUUCUGAUCGUUCUUGGUUUCAUUACGUUCGUAGUUUGGAACGGCGGAAUAGUUUUGGGUGACCGUAACGCCCACGUCGCAACUAUCCACAUUCCCCAAUUAUUUUACUGUUCAGUAUUCAUCUGUUUUUUCGCCUGGCCAUUUUUCCUGCCCCAUCUAGUUGAUUACUUGAGACUGUUGAAAAAACGCUGGUUUUACGCUAUUCUUACGUUUACUCUGAUGGCACUCAUCGUUCGAUUCAAUACUCUAGUCCACCCUUACCUGCUCGCCGACAACAGGCAUUACACGUUCUACGUAUGGAAUAAAAUAAUCGGGCGAUAUUAUCCCGCCAGGUUUCUUUUCAUCCCGUUUUACGGGUUUUGUCUGUACGCUGCUUGGCGGGGGAUUUCUCACCUGAGAUUCCUUUCGCAGGUCGGAUACUUUCUUUCGGUAUUCGUUGUCAUCGUACCGCAACUUCUUUUGGAACCUCGGUACUUUUUUAUUCCUUACAUACUUUGGAGGAUUGAUCUUAGGAACACAAAACCCUGGCAGAUAAUCGCAGAGUUUCUCACGAUCCUGUUAGUAAACGUUUUUCAAUUUUACGUAUUUUCGAAGAAAGUUUUUUAUUGGGACGACGAUGAACACCCUCAGAGGAUAUCGUGGUAGGUUGUUGUAAAAAUGAUGAUACCAGUGUGAGGAUAAAAAUAAGGGCGAAAAAAAAAGAAUUUCGAAAUCAUUCAUGCUGUUCAUAAUCGUUUAUUUGAUGAGUAUCACUUAGGUUUUGAGAGUAAGUAGCAAUCUCACACUUGGGUAGGUCAUACCUACAAUUUAAUGUACAAAUAUAUUACACUUCUCAUCGGAA